GCAGCGGCUGGGAUGAUGAAUGGAUGCUGGGGAGAAGGCUGCCGUGCGGUUCCUCUUUCUGGCCAUGUUGGAUUUGACAGCUUGCCCGACCAGCUGGUUAAUAAAUCAGUUAGCCAUGGUUUCGCUUUCAACAUCCUGUGUGUGGGGGAAACUGGACUUGGGAAAUCAACACUGAUGGACACUCUUUUCAAUACCAAGUUUGAAGGCGAGCCAGCGUCUCAUUCGCAGCCCGGAGUUCAGCUGAAAUCCAGUACUUAUGACCUCCAGGAAAGCAACGUCCACCUGAAACUGACCAUUGUCAGCACAGUGGGCUUUGGGGAUCAGAUCAACAAAGAAGACAGCUAUAAGCCCAUCGUAGAAUUCAUCGACACCCAGUUUGAAGCUUAUCUGCAAGAGGAAUUGAAAAUCAAGCGAGUGUUGCAUAACUACCAUGAUUCCCGGAUCCAUGCCUGCUUGUACUUCAUCGCCCCCACAGGCCACUCGUUGAAAUCCCUGGAUUUGGUAACAAUGAAGAAGCUUGACAGCAAGGUGAACAUCAUUCCUAUUAUUGCCAAGUCGGAUGCCAUUUCCAAGAGUGAGCUGACGAAAUUCAAAAUCAAGAUCACAAGUGAGCUUGUCAGCAACGGGGUGCAAAUUUAUCAGUUUCCCACAGAUGAUGAAUCCGUGGCAGAAAUAAACGGAACGAUGAAUGCCCAUUUACCUUUUGCUGUGAUAGGGAGCACAGAAGAAGUUAAGAUAGGGAAUAAAAUGAUGAAGACACGUCAGUAUCCAUGGGGAACAGUACAGGUGGAAAACGAAGCGCACUGUGACUUUGUGAAGCUGAGAGAAAUGUUGAUCCGUGUCAACAUGGAAGAUCUUCGUGAACAGACACACACGCGUCAUUAUGAGCUGUACCGACGAUGUAAACUGGAGGAAAUGGGAUUUAAGGAUACUGACCCAGACAGCAAACCGUUCAGCUUACAAGAAACCUAUGAGGCGAAAAGGAACGAAUUCUUGGGAGAGCUGCAGAAAAAGGAAGAGGAGAUGCGGCAAAUGUUCGUCCAGAGAGUAAAGGAGAAAGAAGCGGAACUGAAAGAGGCUGAAAAAGAGUUGCAUGAGAAGUUUGAUAAGCUGAAGAAACUGCAUCAAGAUGAGAAGAAGAAGCUGGAGGACAAGAAGAAAACCCUGGACGACGAAGUCAACGCAUUUAAGCAGCGGAAGACAGCGGCUGAACUGCUCCAGUCGCAGGCCCAACAGGCGGGAGGAUCGCAAACUCUGAAAAGGGACAAAGAGAGAAAAAAUUAACCCUGCUGUUUGCUGCAUGGUGCGUAGCGCACACGGUGCUGCUUUUUCUAAUCUUGUCUCCACCUGCUGCAUUGUUUCUGAGGGAGAAGAUUUCCAUUGGGAAAAGCAAUGUCCGGGUUCCCACCCUGCUUGGGAAGAGGGGAGGGGAGGGGAGGAAUGAGUAAAUCUUGAGAUCUUUGAAGACUUGGUUUUGUUUCAUUUUCUGUUCUUCCUGAUGUGCAUGGAGAGUGUGUUUGUUCAAGCUGAGGUGUCUUGCGAUUUUAUCCGCAAGACGAGGAAAAUACUGAAAAGGUAAAACAACAGCACCAUUCGUCAAAAGCUUGAAGGAGCAACCGAAAGAUGGUGGACCAAUUAACGAUGUAGCCAAACGACUUUGAGACAGGCGUGUUUUUUUUUAAAAAACAACAACAACAAAAUUAUUUCCUUCCUAUUUUGCCUCAAUAUAAAUAUGAUGGGUGUUUUUAAAGUAUAUGUGGAACAAUUGUGCUAAAUUCCUUGGUUUGCGUGGAUUAAAAGCAAGUUUUAUGCAAUGAACAGCAAACAGAGAAACAAGCGACUUUGCUACCUCUGAGGGAAUAUUUAAUUUUAACACUGAAUUAAAGGGCAGUGGGGUGGGGGAAAAGGGGGUGGGGGAAUAGUAUAUUUUUCAUUGGGGUCAUAGAUAACCUCUGCCAUGGCAGUAGAAAAUAAUCAGCUUGAUUGAGUCAUAUUUCUAACUUAAAAUUUUGAAAAAGAAACACUCAAUUUUCUGCAGAGCAGCAGAACGCGAUGAUUGGGAAAUGCCUACAAACAGGGGGAAAAAAAAUAAAAAUAAAGUUUAAGUCUGCAUUCUCUCAGCCUUAGCUGUCGACCCUCUUCCAGCAUAGGAAUAAUCGCACUGGCCCACCCUGCAGGGGCCGUGGUAACAUAUGUGAGGCGCUUUGAAUACAUAAACAUGCAUUGUAUAAAAAAGUUAAGUAUUAUUACUGUGGUGAGUUUAAUUCCGAAAAUUCUCCUCAAAGUGGUUCUGGGUUGCAAGCUGAUUUUUCUAGGAUGGAUUGGAUAUCAAAACUUGUCGUUGGUCAUUUUGUUUUCAAUGCUGUCAUGCAAAUGUUGCUGCCCUUUAAAAUUCAUUUUUUUUCCCCCAACCACUUUUGGAACACUCACUGCAUGAAGUCUGUCUCCCGAAACUUUGUUCACCUGUCUCUCCUUUUUUUUUCUUUUAAAAAAUGUAUUUUGGUUUCUUUAUAAACAAGAAUUGUAAUUUGACAGCUGCACUCAGUAUGUAUUUACGUAUGAACCACACGGAAGAACCAGCACUGUUCAGCUUGAUACCUUUCUAAUGUUGUCAAUUUUCAAUAAAAUGUUACCCUCCCAAAGGA